AUGGGCAAUGCCUCCAAUAACUCCCGGCCCGGGGACUGCGAGUCUCGACAGUGGCUCCCCUCGGGCGAGAGCCCAGCCAUCAGCUCCGUGAUGUUCUCGGCCGGGGUGCUGGGGAACCUCAUCGCGCUGGCGCUGCUGGCGCGCCGCUGGCUGGGGGACGCGGGGCGCAGCGCCGGCCGCGGGAGCUCCGUCUCCUUGUUCCACGUGCUGGUGACCGAGCUGGUGUUCACCGACCUGCUGGGGACCUGUCUCAUCAGCCCCGUGGUGCUGGCUUCGUACGCGCGGAACCAGACUCUGGUGGCACUGGCGCCCGAGGGCCGCGCGUGCACCUACUUCGCCUUCGCCAUGACCUUCUUCAGCCUGGCCACGAUGCUCAUGCUCUUCGCCAUGGCCCUGGAGCGCUACCUCUCCAUCGGGCACCCCUACCUGUACCAGCGCCGCGUCACGCGCCGCGGCGGCCUCGUCGUGCUGCCCGCCGUCUACGCCGCGUCCCUGCUCUUCUGCUCCCUGCCGCUGCUGGGCGACAGGCAGUACUCCCAGUACUGCCCUGGGACGUGGUGUUUCAUCCGGCAUGGACGCACCGCGUACCUGCAGCUCUACGCCACGCUGCUGCUGGUGCUCAUCGUCGCGGUGCUCGCCUGCAACCUCAGCGUCAUCCUCCACCUCGUCCGCAUGCACCGCCGGGCCAGGGGAAGCUGCUGCGCGCCCGCCUUGGGCAGCGGCCCGGGCGGCCCUGGGACGCGCAGGAGAGGCGAACGGGUGUCCAUGGCGGAGGAGAUGGACCACCUCAUCCUCCUGGCUAUUAUGACCAUCACCUUCGCCGUCUGCUCCUUGCCUUUCACAAUUUUUGCAUAUAUGGAUGAAGCCUUUUCCCGAAGAGAAAAGUGGGACCUCCAAGCCCUUAGGUUUCUGUCGAUCAAUCCGAUUAUCGACCCCUGGGUCUUUGCCAUCUUUAGGCCGCCUGUGCUAAGAGUGCUGCGGUCCGUGCUCUGUUGCCGGGUGUCAUUGAGGACACGAGAGGCAGCACCGACUUCCUGUUCCACACAGUCCCAGUGCCAGUAAGUAGCUGGCCCUUGUGGAUAGUCGCUCAGUAGUGCUGAGUUAGCAUCUGGAAGAACGUUUUGAAAUGAUUCCUUGGAGAAAUGAAAACCGUUAGUUUAUAAACAAAAUGAAGCUACCCUAAUAAAACAGACAUUUCAGCAGUGCUUGGGCCACAGAUGUGCUGACAAGGCCCUUCACGGGAAGUGUCAGAAGAUCUAUACAACCUGCCCUCCGAGAGCACGUUACACCGCCUUUGAGGAACAACCAACAGUGUUUAAGAUCCAUUGGACUUUUAAGCUUUCCUGUUGAAUGAGAA